AUGUCGAAGCUCAAGGUCAAUGCCGAAUUGGCUCUGGAUGAUCUGCUCUAUUUGGUCCAUCAUGUUUUUUUACCCCUAAAGCUCCCCAGCGGCGAUGAUUGUUCUGCCAAAAAGGAGGCCGUCAUGCUUUCGACCGUCCAUGAUGCGCUCGUCGAUUUCAUGGGCUGCGUUUCGCCAGAUCAACGUGCAGUGGUGGCGUUUGUGGCCAGCAUGGUACAGGUAACGAUUGAUGUUCGAUCCCAAGGCACUGAUCACCUUGAUGAGGGCGAACUCAACAGAAACCUUUUCGAUAUGGUAGACGGAAAGCUAGAAUGCUGGGGUUAUGAUUACAAGAAAUCUGGAUAA